AUGCGUGCGCUUGACUGUUUUUCCCUACUCACCCUUUUAUUUUAUCCAUCCUGUCAACAGUAUCAACAGCAACAACGGGUUUCUUAUCAAGUACAACAAGGAUAUGGUCAACAGAAUCAACUGCAACAACAACAACAACAACAACAACAACAACAACAACAACAACAACAACAACAGCAAGGAGGGCAAAUAUAUGGGCAACAGAAUACAUAUCAACAACGGUAUAAUGGGCAACCGAUGAACUCGUACAAUCAACAGUCACAACAACAACAACGUACCGGUUCAAGCGCAAAUGUCGUUAACGCACCGAUGAGAUUGGUAGCUUCUACCACGAUUCCUAACGGUGCACAAGUUCAAAUACGUUUAACUUCCUAUCAAAAUCCAACUAUGGCUCUCUCAAAUACUACAACGUGCAACUGUCCCACAAGUUACUGUGAUUUUCUUCCGCAAAAUCAACAAAACGCCUGUUCAUUCAGCUUCGUCACUGUCAUCUCUUCUUCUUACUUGAACCCGGCAAACUCCUCAGAACUCGUUGAACAAGGCGAUCUGCCGGUCUCUUUAACAUAUGACCAAAGAAGCGCAGACGAUUUACUUUAG